AUGGUUGGACCGCUGGUGCGCUGGGAACAAAUUGCAAGGCUGAUUGAGAGCGUACGGCCUGGAAUAUGCCAACACUUGGAAUGUGCAGCGUCGCUACCGCGAUUCUGUCGCCAUGACCGCCAGGCCUCAAAAAAGUCCAUGGAUCGACGUCUUUAUAUCGCUUCACUGACGGGUAGAUGGGGAGAUGUUUUGGAAGCCUUCAAAUCUAAAAACUUCAACCCAGAAAAAGGAUCAUGCUUAUUGUGCGCAACCGACUACGACAUCUCGCUCGAGCAAGACAGAACCGAAAAGGAGUGGCGCUAUACCCUUCAUACAUAUCACGGCCUUGGGCCGUGUCGGACUCCAAACGACCAACUCUGGGCUUACUUCACCAGCGAUUUCCAGGAAGCGCCCGGUUUCUUUGGAAACGCAUCUGAUAGAGACCACGAGCUAGAAGAACUGCAAUCUCGCCACUUAAACCUAGACCCUGGAGGAGCGCGUCGAGCAUGGUACGAGGCAAUGGAGUCACAGAACGAAGUUGAUUUGCUCUUUUGA